GCAGAGUGAAUGCCGAGAGAAAAGGCACAAAACCCUAUUGAGAGCUCUCAGCCGCUAGUAGCGUAACCGUCACAUGGGCGCACCGGCUCUCCAACUAUUUAAGCAGGGACACUUUCUCUUCAGCACCAUUCCGCCAUCCAGCCUUGGGUACGCGUCUUGGUACGAGACCGACGAAGGUAAACUUUCACGAACGCUCAGACGUUAGGUGAAGAGCCGCGGGGGAAGCCAAGAUGCCGAGAUCGUUUCUUGUGGAUUCCUUGAUUUUGAGGGAGAACGGCGAAAAGGGGAGCGAGAACAGUCCGCCGUUGUUUCCUUACGCCGUGCACCCGUCUCACCCUCUCCACGGCCUCUCCGCCGGCUCCUGCCACUCUCGAAAAGCCGGGCUGCUGUGCUUCUGCCCGCUGUGCGUCACGUCCCAGCUGCACCCGUCGCCUCCAGCUCUCCCGCUCAUCAAGGCUUCCUUUCCUGCCUUCGGCUCCCAGUACUGUCACACGGCGCUCUCCAGACAGCACUCCGCGUCCAGCGGCGUAAACCUCAACGGCGGCUCGGGGUUGUACCAAGCCGCAUACCCCGUUCCGGAUCCGCGACAGUUCCACUGCAUAUCCAUAGAGAACAGCAGCAGUCAGCUUCAGAGCAGCAAGCGCAUGCGCACGGCGUUCACCAGCACGCAGCUCCUGGAGCUGGAAAGGGAGUUCACCUCCAACAUGUACCUGUCGAGGCUCCGGCGCAUAGAGAUCGCGACUUACCUCAACCUGUCCGAGAAGCAAGUGAAGAUCUGGUUCCAGAACCGCCGCGUAAAGCACAAAAAAGAAGGCAAAAGCGGCUCCCACAGGACGGGCUCGCACAACUGCAAGUGCUCCUCGUCCCUGUCCUCCGCCCGGUGCUCCGAGGAAGAAGAUGACCUCCCCAUGUCACCUCCGACAUCAGAAAAAGAGGACGCGGACCUGUCUGUGAGCCCGUGAGCUCGCGACCACCACCUCAAAGGACUCUGUACGCCACACCUGUGGAAUCUUGAAUGCAGCCAAAAAGCGACGGCAUCCGCGCGCGCCGUCACCUGUAAAUACCGAGAAAGAAAAAAAAACUUUAUAUAUGUUCGGGGGUCCGCGUAUCCCUUUAAUGUUGUAUAUUUGUAUACAUGUUCUAUGUUUGUAGUUUUUUUCUGAAAACAAACUUAAGCCCGCAGUUCCGCAUCCAAAUACAUUUCCUGUCACCAAAAGUUUUUUUUUUUUUUUUUUUGUUCAAUCUGUGUUAUCGACGGUCCGAAAUUAAUUUGUACUUUAUUUUGUAAGACGUUCGGUUGUUUUAUUUGUAUCGAUGGCGAGCACAGGGUAGCUUUAAGCGCGUGUUUGGGGACGGAAUGGAAAAAAAAAAUGGGACGUAUCCGAUGCGUACGUCACUUCGAUGCCAGAAUUUGUUAUUGUACUUUUAUUGUAAUGAGAAUAUUUAUUUAUUUAAAAAACCUCGAUGCUGAAAAUAAAGAAUAUUUCUUAGUGACAAAA